ACUCGCCGGAGCACUUGGAUUGGCUGAAGGAGCUAGGUAGCCCGCAGAGACGGCUCCUUGCCCGGGUUCAGUCCCGUCAGUGAGACGCACACGCUGCAAAGGUUCGGCUGAGCGGGACUCUCCGCGCGUGGACUCCGAUUUGGCGAGGGAGCAUGAAUUUACCUUCAAGGCAUCGAUCCACGCAUCAGAGCAAAUCUGGUGAACCAUUAAGGGGGGAAUCAAACGGAGUCCGGUUUUAACGCACCCAUCCUCUCCUGUGACGGAGGACGAUGAGCCCACGUCUGUAAAGUGUCACAUGUUUGUGAGGAGAAGGCAAACAAAUCAGCGCGCUGAGGAGACCUUCUGCAGGGCCACGCUGUGCGCUCCGGGUUGUGGAGGCAGAUACCUGGACGGGAGCGCAGCGCACGGAGGGAGAAUAACGCGACGUUUACUCAGAGACUCGGACUUGCCUCAGAGCGCAGCUUGACUCCUCAUCAUGGGCUGCGGCGCACAGACUGACAGAGGAAGGGGAAGAGUGGCCAGAUUCUCCCCGGAGAUGUCGAACGCGUCCUGGCUUCUGCUCGUUCUCCUGCUGGAAGUGGGAUUUGCUCAAGUUGACGAUGACUUCAUUGGUCUGGGUGAGCUGCCGGAAACGUUCCCGUCGGAUCCCCCCGAGCCGCUUCCAGUGUUUCUGAUGGAACCGGAGGAGGCCUACAUAGUGAAGAACAAGCCAGUUAACCUGUACUGCAAGGCCACGCCCGCCACGCAGAUCUACUUCAAGUGCAACAGCGAGUGGGUGCACCAAAAGGAGCACACCGUGGAGGAGAGGGUCGACGAAAACUCUGGCCUGGUCGUGAGAGAGGCCAGCAUCGAGAUCACCCGGCAGCAGGUGGAGGAGUUGUUUGGGCCGGAGGACUUCUGGUGUCAGUGUGUGGCCUGGAGCUCCGCUGGGACCACCAAGAGCCGCAAAGCCCACGUCCGCAUCGCCUACCUGAGAAAGACAUUUGAUCAGGAACCUCUGGGGAAGGAAGUGUUACUCGAGCAGGAAGUGUUGCUGCAGUGCCGCCCACCUGAAGGCAUCCCAGCAGCUGAGGUGGAGUGGCUAAAGAAUGAAGAAAUUAUUGACCCUGCAGACGACAGAAACUUCUACAUUACCAUCGACCACAACCUGAUAAUAAAACAGGCCCGCCUCUCCGACACCGCCAACUACACCUGUGUGGCAAAGAACAUCGUAGCCAAGAGACGCAGCACCACCGCCACAGUUAUCGUCUACGUAAACGGUGGAUGGUCCACAUGGACAGAGUGGUCAGUGUGUAACAGCCGUUGUGGGCGUGGCUUCCAGAAACGGACGCGUAGCUGCACCAACCCAGCCCCCCUCAAUGGAGGCUCCAUCUGCGAAGGACAGGGCAUCCAGAAGCUGCCAUGUAAUCCUCUCUGCCCAGUGGAUGGCCUGUGGACAGAGUGGAGUAAGUGGUCCACCUGUGGGACAGAGUGCACCCACUACAGGAGGAGGGAAUGCAACGCUCCGGCACCUAAAAACGGAGGGAAGGACUGUGAGGGCAUGGUGCUCCAGUCUAAGAACUGCACCGACGGGCUGUGCAUGCAGAGUUCCUUGUAUCAGAAGUCUACAGAGGCUAAUGACGAGGGUGAUUUUGGAAAUUCAUUGGCUCCCAGUACGGAUGACGUAGCUCUCUAUGUGGGUAUAGUCAUCGCUGUGAUCCUGUGCCUGGUUAUCUCCGUCGUCGUGGCGCUCUUCAUCUACAGGAAGAACCACCGGGAGUUCAGCUCUGACAUCAUCGAUUCGUCCGCCCUGAACGGCGGGUUCCAACCGGUCAGCAUCAAGACGGCACGCAAAGCUGAUCUCCUAACAGCACCCCCUGACCUGACCUCAGCGGCCGCCAUGUACCGCGGCCCCGUUUACGCCCUCCACGACGUGGCCGACAAAAUCCCCAUGACCAACUCCCCCCUGCUAGAUCCUCUGCCUAACCUGAAGAUUAAGGUGUACAACUCCUCGGGCCUGGUGACCCCACAGGAUGACCUGGGAGGGGAGCUGUCCUCCAAGCUGUCCCCCAAGCUGCCGCACUGCCUGCUGGACAACAGCGACAGCACGAUGGGCCGCCGCACGCAGACGCUGCUCCGUACGCGGGAUCCCUCCUGCACCGCUCUUGGCUCCUUCAGCUCGCAGGGGGGACAACUGAUUGUUCCCAACUCAGGGGUCAGUCUGCUCAUACCGGCGGGGGCCAUUCCUCAAGGCAGAGUCUAUGAGAUGUACGUGACCGUUCAGAGGAAGGACAACCUCAGGCCUUCUGUGGAAGAUGGCCAAACAGUGCUCAGCCCCAUAGUGAGCUGCGGGCCUCCUGGGGCCCUGCUGACACGGCCCGUCAUCAUCACCAUGCAUCACUGUGCUGUGUGUGACGGUCAGCAGGACUGGCUGAUCCAGCUCAAGAGCCAGUCCCAGCAGAACCAGUGGGAGGAUGUGGUGGUAGUAGGAGAGGAAAACUUCACCACGCCGUGCUACAUCCAGAUGGACGAAGAGGCGUGCCACAUCUUGACGGAGACACUGGGUACAUACUGCCUCGUGGGCCAAUCUCUCAGCGCGUCCACCAUUAAGCGCCUCAAACUCGCCAUCUUCGGCCCCGUCACCUGCCCCGCCAUGGAGUACCACAUCCGCGUUUACUGCCUGGACGACACUCAAGACGCACUCAAGGAAGUUCUGCAGAUGGAGAAGCAAAUGGGUGGAAAACUGCUGGAUGAACCAAAGACUCUCAACUUUAAAGACAGCACCCACAACCUGAGACUUUCCAUCCAUGACGUUCCCCAGCCGCUGUGGAAGAGCAAACUCCUGGCCAAGUACCAGGAGCUCUCCUUUCAGCAAGUGUGGACCGGUUCGCAGAGGAACCUCCACUGCUGUUUUACUCUGGAGCGCUUUUCUGUGGGCACCGUAGACCUGAGCUGUAAGAUAUGUGUGCGGCAAGUUGAAGGAGAAGGACAGAUUUUCCAGCUGGAUACGACACUCUCAGAGGACUCCCAGAGCAUCGACACGUCUCUGCUAGACCCCGCCAGCAACAUCACAACGUUGGUCGGGCCGAACGCUUUCCGCAUCCCCCUCUCCAUCCGACAGAAGCUGUGCGGCAGCCUGGACUCACCGCAGACCAGAGGCAACGACUGGAGGAUGCUGGCCCACAAACUUAACCUCGACAGGUAUCUGAACUACUUUGCCACCAAAUCCAGUCCUACGGGAGUGAUCCUGGAUUUGUGGGAGGCGCAGCAUUUUCCCGACGGCAACCUCAGCCGCCUGGCCCAGGUACUGGAAGAGAUGGGACGCCAUGACAGCCUCGUUCCUGCUGCGACCGACCACUGACGUCUGCUGACGCCCGAACAGGAAGAAGAUAGAAACAGGAACGAGAGGAUAUGGAAACGCAGGACUCUAAUUUGGAAUCUAAGUGACAAACGCUCGUUGGCGCCCCUAAGCGCUACCUGAGGUCACACUGAGAGAAGUGGGAGUAUUGAAACAGCCAGAUCUGCUCAGCCAUGACCCAGUUAAACAUUGGCAACAAAAGGGUCUAAAAAACCUGGAGAGCAAACAUGAACCCUUGCCAGUCACUUUUCUGGCUGAUCCUUCCUCUCUCUGGUGCAACAGUUUGAUAUUCUUGGCUCUUGUUUCCCUGGAAACAGCUGUCCGGUUGUUUGGAUGGACUGUGCAGCCGAUUCCCUCACAGUACACAAGUAACAAUCAACAAGAGGUCAGCGGAUCACAGGAGAAAGACUGGCCUCAGAGAGAGCAUCACACAGCCAUCAAUGUCAAUUUUCUGCUAUUCUUGAUGACAAUAUUUAACAACAUACCUAUUUAUGCUUGUUCCUUUUUUUUUCAUUCUACCGGUUACUCAGUAUGUUGUAGUAUCCUUUAUUUUAGUUGCAUUUUCAUUUCUUUGACUGUGUCACAGCACCACCUGGUGGACACCCCGGGAAAUAAGUCAGAAAAAAACAAAACGAUCACUUUUUACAUCUGUUGUAAUAAUAAUCAAUAUUAUUUAGUGUUAUAUAUUAUUAUGGAGUUUUGGUUAUGUAUGUGCCUUUUUUGUUUAUUUUUUAUGUGAUUUUUUUAAUUAAUUAUUAAAAGUUUUUCCCCCUUUUGUUUUCCCCCAUUUAAUUUGGAUAUUAGAUUUGGUAUUGAAGUCUAUAAAAAUAUCCCAUACAGAAUAAAAAAAAAUCAAAUGACACUGCUGAUUUUUAGGAUCAGAUGUAAUUAUUUCCACAACACAAUCCUGUGAUCAGACAAGUUUAUUUUUCUAGUACUAAUGCAACUGGAAACAGCUGCUUUCUACCAAAAAAUGAGACUUAUACGAUGUGAGGGUCAAUUUAAAUCUAAAAAGUAAUCAGUUAAUUCUUGUUUUGUUUCAUGUGUUCGGAGUUGAAUCACAUUCUUUAGCGCUUUGAGACAAAGGUUGAGAUUUUAACUCAGAAGUUUAGAAGUUUGUACAUUAAACGACAGAAGCCAUCAGUUUGGUGAUGAUGCUGAUCAUGUGCAUAAUAAUUAUGGAUAGCUAUAAAUGCGACAUUCCUUUAAUGAAGCAGCACUUGAGACUGUUCAAGUGUUCUUUAUGGUUUUGUUGUUUUUUUUAAUGGUAUUUGUCCAAGGUUUUGUAACGCUGUCUAUGCAAACUCUGCAUCCUUUUGAAACAAUCUUUUCAAAUAUCAGUGAGCUAGCCUUUGCAUUUCCAGAUUGUCCUCUAGCUUCAUGAUCAGUGUUGUGCAUAGCGAGAAUGUAGCCUGUCCGUGUCUGGCGCUCAUGAUGUUCCUCGCUUGCGUUUCAUCUGUCGAGUUACUGUACAAAGUGUAAGAAAGAAUUUUUAAGACUGAUAAUAAAUUAUAUUUAUAUGCAACAAUAUAAA